AUCUGCUGUGAACAAAUUUUGCGAAGAUGAUCCUGUGAUAAGUUCACCUUAUGAUCACAUGAGUUGGAAACAUCUUGAAGGCAGACAGCAGCAUUAACAGGAUUUUAUAGUUUAAAGCAGUCUUUUAGAUAAUCAGUUUUUGAGGACUUUAAUGGAGAACAUCAGCAUUCUGAAUUGACUAUGGGUAGCUUGUGCAAAUUACAUGCUUUUACUUUUUGGGCUCCACUAGCAACCAGGUGGCUGCAUUUUGCACUAGCUGUAGUUUCUGGGCCACCUGCAGAAACAGUAAUGCAUAAAAUGUAUUGCAACAACCUAAUUUGAAGGUAGUUGAUGACAAGGCCAGCUGUGCCCAAAUAAGAUGUAGUAAAUAUACAAAGAGGAGUUUUUGGAAAGCAUCUCUGGCCAUUGCAGAUAGCAAUGAGUCUCAGAGCAGCCCUAAGGUGCUCAACUGGUCCUUGAAAUGGCAUUUAAACCCAAUCCUGGACUAGUUUUGUGUCACAAUCUAUAUCAACUGACUUACCCGUCAUCUUUCCUAGUUUAAGUUUCUCUCUCAUCUUCUCUAGGGUUUUGGAACCAAUUCAGUUUGCUCAACAUUUCUCAGAUUUUGGUAUGAAAACCAGGUAUAGCUGCAAAUCAUGUAUAUGUUUUAUAUUGGUGCCAUCAAAAUGAAACACUCUGUUAUAUCUCUCAGUGACUUCAAACUGAUGCUGAAGAACUUUGGGGGAUGCAGUAGAAUUCUGUACUACCUCUCAAGUCAAAGAACACAUGAAGAACCAAAAUGACUCAUGGCUUAUGUUACUGACCAUUGAGAUGAGGUAUUCUAAACUGUAUAUGAAUGGAAAACAGUCCUGGUGUAAUAUCCGGCAAAAUCACUUCUGAGUAUUCCUUGCCUAAGAAAUCCCUUUGAAAUUUAUGGGGUUGCCAUAAGUCAACAGGUGAUCUUCAUUUGUGCAUAAAGGGCUCCUGAACGCAUCUCUAGGAUGAUCUGCACAAUGUUGUGACGCUGGAGUUCUGUGUGCCCUGGAGAUGCGAGACUUCCUCACCACAGCAAGAAUCACUCAUCUGGAGAAUGCUGGAGCUGCAAGAGGGAAAGGCCCAGUCCAACAACAGAGGGAAGCCAAGAGGAAAAAAGCAAGCAGACCGACGGCACUGAGGAAAGCACGAGGCAGAAAGUGCUUUAGAACUAGUAACAGGGGAACUUGACAACAGCUUGUCAGUGUGUGUGGUUGUGUGCUUAGGAUUUCUGUCAAUGCAUUCCAGUAACCCCAAAGUGAGAAAUUCCCCAUCAGGAAAUGCCCAGAGUAGUCCAAAAUCAAAGCAGGAGGUGAUGGUCCGUCCCCCUACAGUGAUGUCCCCAUCUGGCAACCCGCAGCUGGACUCUAAAUUCACUAACCAGGGUAAACAGGGGGGCUCCACAGGCCAAUCCCAGCCCUCUCCCUGUGACCCCAAGAGUGGGGCCCAUACACCGAAAGUGCUUCCAGGACAAGGGGGAAGCAUGGGGUUGAAGAAUGGGGCUGGCAAUGGUUCAAAAGGGAAAGGAAAAAGAGAGAGGAGCAUUUCAGCGGACUCGUUUGAACAGAGAGAUGCUGGAACUCCCAGCGAUGAAUCUGAAAUCAAAGAUCUUGGUUCUGCUGAUCAUACAAAAUCACAAGAUUCCCAACAUACAGUGCACUCCAUGGCUUCUUCAAAUGUUUCGGCUCCACGUUCUUCCACACCUUCCCAUGGUCAGGCUGCCACUUCAGAGCCAGGUAGCCUACAGAAGACUCCAUCCAAAGUGGUCUAUGUCUUUUCAACAGAAAUGGCUAAUAAGGCUGCAGAAGCGGUGCUGAAGGGACAAGUGGAAACCAUUGUUUCCUUUCACAUUCAAAAUAUUUCUAACAAGACAGAGCGAAACACUGCACCUUUGAACACACAGAUUCCACCACUCCGAAAUGAUACAAAGCCCCAAGUUCCAUCACAGUUGCCUGCGUCUCAAGAGCCAACUACUCCCCAGAAUGCCAAAAUGCAGCAAACUCCACCCAUUCCAGUGCCAGCACCAGCACCCAAAUCUACUGGCCCUCCAUGCCCUAUUGACCAGGACAAUCCUGGAUUAGAAAGUAAAGGGAUGUCUGCAGGGAGUCCUGCGAAUUCCACCCCACUCCAAACAGAAGGAUUUGGGCAAACUUCGACCCCUAAUAAUCGAGCUGUUAGUCCAGUAUCCCAAGGGAGUAAUAGCUCUACUGCAGACCCUAAAGGUCCCAACCAGCAGGUAUCUGGAGGGGACCCACCAAACAUGGGUGAAAAUCCAGAUGGGCUGUCUCAAGAACAGCUGGAGCACAGAGAACGUUCACUGCAGACUUUACGUGAUAUUCAACGUAUGCUUUUCCCAGAUGAGAAGGAGUUUGCUGGAGGCCAAACUGGAGGCCCUCCAUCAAAUUCUGGAAUGCUGGAUGGUCCCCAAAAGAAACCAGAAGGUCCAAUACAGGCCAUGAUGGCUCAAUCCCAAAGUUUAGGCAAAGGACCUGGACCCCGGACAGAAGGAGGGCCCCCCUUUGGUUCCCAGGGUCACAGAGACAUGCCAUUCUCACCAGAUGAAGUUGGACCACCAUCAAUAAACUCUCAGUCUGGCCCUAUAGGACCAGAUCAUCUGGAUCACAUGACCCCUGAACAGGUGGCUUGGCUGAAACUGCAACAAGAGUUCUAUGAAGAAAAGAGGAGAAAACAAGAACAGGUUGUGCAACAGUGUUCUCUACAGGAUAUGAUGGUUCACCAGCAUGGGCCUCGAGGGUUGGUCAGAGGACCCCCACCUCCAUAUCAGAUGACCCCAGGUGAAGGCUGGGGACCUGGGGGCCCAGAACCCUUUUCUGAAAAUAUGGCUAUGCCCCAUUCACUGCCCCCAAGGGGCAUGACCCCCCAUCCCAAUGUACCUGGCAGUCAGAUGCGGUUGCCUGGAUUUGCUGGAAUGAUAAACCCUGACAUAGAGGGUCCCAACGUCCCUGUCCCAAACACCACAUCUAGACCUGGUCUUUCUGGUGUCCCUUGGCCAGAGGAUGUGCCAAAAAUUCCAGAUGGCCGAAACUUCCCUCCUGGGCAGGGUGUAUUCAGUGGCCCUGGUCGGGGGGAAAGGUUUCCAAAUCCUCAGGGCUUGCCUGAGGAGAUCUUUCAACAGCAGUUAGCUGAAAAACAGCUAGGACUUCCCCCUGGUAUAAGCAUAGAAGGAAUUAGGCCUGGCAUGGAGAUGAACCGGAUGAUUCCCCCUCAGAGACACAUGGAGCCUGGCAAUAACCCCAUCUUUCCACGAAUGCCAGUUGAAGGAUCUAUGAGCCCUUCUAGAGAUUUCCCAAAAGGAAUGCCACCUCAGAUGGCAGCUGGUAGAGAGAUGGAAUUUGGGAUGGGCCCCAGUAACAUGAAAGGGGAUAUCAGUCUGAAUGUUAACAUGAGUUCUAAUCCACCAAUGAUACCUCAGAAAAUGAGGGAAGCUGGAGUAGGCCCAGAGGAAAUUAUGAAGAUGCGCCCGGGUGUCUCAGAAAUGCUCCCCUCUCAGCCGAAAAUGGUACCCUUGCCAUUUGGUGAGCACCCCCAGCAGGACUACGCAAUGGGCCCAAGACCUUUCCAUCCAAUGUCUCAGGGCCCAGGUGUUGGUCUCCGGAAUCAUAGAGAACAAGUAGGGCCUGACCAAAGGACUAACAACCGGCUUAGCCACAUGCCACCACUACCUCUGAACCCCUCCAGUAACCCAAACAGCCUCAACACAGCUCCUCCCGUUCAGCGUAAUCUUGGACGCAAACCUUUGGAUGUCUCUGUUGGUGCAAGCCAGGUUCAUUCUCCAGGCAUAAAUCCACUGAAGUCUCCCACCAUGCGCCAGGUCCAGUCUCCUAUGUUGGGUUCGCCCUCUGGGAACCUCAAGUCUCCCCAGACUCCCUCCCAGCUGGCAGGGAUAUUGGCAGGUCCGACUGCUGCAGCUGCUGCUGCUUCAAUCAAAUCUCCCCCAGUGAUGGGUUCUGCUGCCGCAUCUCCUGUCCAUCUCAAAUCUCCAUCCCUCCCUGCACCUUCUCCUGGAUGGACUUCAUCUCCAAAGCCCCCAUUACAGAGUCCUGGAAUCCCACCCAACCACAAAACGUCUCUUGCCAUGUCUUCACCAGCCAUGAUGGGAAAUGUUGAAUCAGGUGGUGCACCCCCUUCAACGGUUAGCCAAGCUGCUCCUGUGACUCUUCCUGGAAAUCUUCCUUCAAGCAGUCCAUACACAAUGCCCCCAGAACCUACCCUGUCUCAAAACCCACUCUCCAUCAUGAUGUCCCGGAUGUCCAAGUUUGCAAUGCCCAGCUCUACGCCACUCUAUCAUGAUGCUAUCAAGACUGUAGCCUCUUCAGAUGAUGACUCCCCCCCAGCACGUUCCCCAAACUUGCCGCCAAUGAACAAUCUUUCGGGGAUGGGCAUCAAUUCCCAGAAUCCUCGUGUUUCAGGUCCUAACCAGUCGGGCCCAAUGCCAACUCUUAGCCCAAUGGGAAUGACUCAGCCUCUAACUCACAGUAACCAGAUGCCCUCUCCAAAUGCUAUGGGACCCAGUAUACCUCCUCAUGGGGUCUCUGUGGGGCCUGGCCUCAUGUCACACAAUCCAAUGAUGGGCCAUGGUUCCCAAGAGCCACCAAUGGUACCUCAAGGACGCCUGGGCUUCCCACAGGGCUUUCCUCCAGUACAGUCACCUCCCCAGCAGGUGCCAUUUCCACACAAUGGACCUAGUGGAGGACAAGGCAACUUUCCAGCUGGAAUGAGCUUCCAUGGUGAAGGACCUCUGGGGCGUCCCACCAGCAUGCCCCAAAGUUCAGCAGAUCCAGCACUUUGUAAGUCUGGAGGUCCUGCAGGACCAGACUCUUUCACUGUCCUAGGAAACAACAUGCCUUCAGUUUUUACUGAUCCAGAGCUGCAGGAAGUGAUUCGCCCUGGAGCCACUGGCAUACCAGAAUUUGACCUAUCCAGGAUUAUUCCAUCAGAGAAGCCCAGCCAGACACUACAGUAUUUCCCUCGUGGGGAAGUGCCAGGCCGAAAGCAGCCACAGGGUGUUGGUCCUGGCUUUUCUCACAUGCAGGGAAUGAUGGGAGAACAAAAUCCAAGAAUGGGGCUGGCAUUACCUGGCAUGGGAGGCCCAGGGCCAGUAGGCACACCUGAUAUUCCUCUUGGAACAGCAUCCUCCAUGCCAGGCCAUAACCCAAUGAGACCACCUGCCUUUCUGCAACAAGGCAUGAUGGGGCCUCAUCAUCGAAUGAUGUCACCAGCACAAACAGCAAUGCCUGGCCAACCCACUCUUAUGAGCAACCCAGUAGGUAUGAUUCCAGGCAAGGACCGAGCUCCUGCUGGGUUGUAUAGCCACCCAGGACCUGUGGGUUCGCCUGGUAUGAUGAUGUCAAUGCAGGGCAUGAUAGGACCCCAACAGAACAUCAUGAUUCCACCACAGAUGAGACCCCGGGGUAUGGCUGGUGAUGUAGGCAUGGGAGGAUUUAGCCAAGGCCCUGGAAAUCCAGGGAACAUGAUGUUUUAAGCUGCUACGUAAAGACUGGAUGGUUCCGAUCCAUGUUGAGAUGAGAUUCCAGGUCCUGUGGGCUGCCUGAGAGCUCCAGGAGCACAGUUUGGCCAUGCAAUAGGUGAAAACAGACCAGAGGAUGCUUUGGGAAAUCUCGAAUGUAUGGAAUUACCUGAAAACAAAUGAAUUCAUUUUAACAGGUUGUUUUUUUAAGAUUUAUUUUUUAAAAAUUAUUUUUGUGUACUUGGGUAUCCUGUGAUGGCACCUGCUUUGAGAAUCUGUAGCUGUAUUUUGAGAAUUGCCAUUUGUCACAAGUUGCACCAUUCUCUGUAUGUUUACGUCCUUUGGACUGACUUCUCCCAGGACUCUAUUAUUUUGGGGGGUUAUUUUUGUGUACUGUACUAUAUUGUAAAAGGGAUUUUAGCAGAGGCUUUAGUCUUUGGGGUGAGAGGCUGUUUACUUUUAGGUGGAAAAUCCAUCUUCAGAACUUUGGACUAUUUUCCUUCAACUCCAAUGUAUAGAAAAACCAAACUACGACCUCAGAGCAGAGUAUUAAUGAAAAGCACAAAAGGAACUUAAGUUCAGUGAGGGGGAUUCUUUAAAAAAAAUAAGUUAAGGACAUAUUUUUCAAAUUAUGGAGUGCUGCCCAGCACCUUUUUUGUCUCUCCCUCCCACUCUUUAAAAAAAAAGCAUCUUGGUCCUCCCCAUCCCUUUUACUGUCUUCUCCUCUGGCAGCUGCAAUACAUUGUAUUAUUUUGGGGAGCAUAUCUAGGAGAGCCCUUUCUCAUGCUGGGAGUGUUGCCACUUUCAGGAAGAGGCUGGACUUGGACACUGUUACAUUUACAGUAGUCUUACUGUUUCUUAUUAUCCUUUUUCUUACAACCCUCCAAGUGACUUUAUUAAUGUGGGAGUGGAACAGACACUAAAAGUUAUCCUGACUUUUUUGUGGCUUUUUUUUUUUGUUCCCCAGCGUAAAACGUUCUGUGUAACCUCCAUUAAAUUUGGUACAAAACCACUUGCCAGGGCUGUGGUGUCAGAAAAAUAAAAUAUAUUGUUUCUUACAAAAAAAUUCCCAAAAGGGAACCAUUUUCUUUUUUUUCUCCCCACCCCCAAAUCUAGCAAUGACAUGAGGCUUGUUUCACCCUUUGCUUCUUGUGGUUGGCAAAAUUACUUUUGCAGUUCUAUUUUGAAAGUACUUUCUUCUGAUAAACUUUUGCAUUACACACCCAGAAAAGACAACUUCAGCCUUACAACUUGAUCUAACUUAAUCGUAUUACUUGCACAUAAAGCUUCCAGUGGUGUUUCGGUUCUGUACAGUAUACAGUAGGCAAGGAUAGUACAACCUGAUUCCUGCUCAUCAGUGGCUGGGGCAGGGUACAGAAACGUUGUCGCUAUAAGUGAGGAGGCAGUCUCCACCUUCCAAUCCCAUAUUCCCCAAUACAGCUAGGUUGUGGGGAAAUUUCAGAAGCAACACAGGGAGCAGCUGAAGGACUAUGGUUCUGCAGACCAUCAUUUUCUGGGUUAUAUUGCUGACUAGUCAAAAUGAUUGAAGCAUGGUU